AUGUAUUUCUACGCGCAGCGUACAUCCAAGGGGCAAAGGGUCCAGUCAGACACCGCGCCUGGAGCUCCACAGCGCGAGCACAGCCACGCCGACGUCAAUAGUUCCGGCAAUAAGAACGACGACGAUAGCGAGAAUGUGGUAGAGGACGAAAAGGCAGCAGACGAAGAUGAUCCUGACGGUUCACACGAGGUCAACAUCCACAACAACGCGGAUGGCACCGACUCUGUCCAGGCUACAGGCAGCCCCAAGGAGUCCAACGUCGACGGGGAACUCCUCAACACAGGCGCGGCGAGUGCGUCCGCACGCGUGGGUGACGACCAAGGUAUAUCCCGCGAGGAAGUCAACCGGCGAGUAAUGAGCAUAGGUGCCAGCAACGCCGCGGUCGCGCGUGCUGAUAAUGCUGCCGAGGUCAAAAAGGGUGCUCGGGUUGAGGACAUUUACGAGGUUCAGGAGGUUAACGUUAAGGACGCCAGCGAGGAAGAGGUAUUUGGCGCUUCACGUGUCCUGUACCAGCCUUUCUGA